AUGGCUGAGAACCCCCCAUCACAGCUAGAGCAAUCAGUGUCACCACAAAAUAAUACUAGCCCGGAAACACUCCCAUGCCAAAAGCGCCUUCGACAUGAUGCCUAUACUAUCGGAUGGGUAUGCGCCCUUCCAAAAGAACAGACCGCAGCGAGAGCCAUGCUAGAUGAAGAGCACGAAUCUCUUCCGACUCGCAACGACCAUAAUGCAUAUACCCUUGGCUCAAUAUGCGGCCACAACGUCGUCAUAGCCUGCCUCCCUAAUAUGGGAAUCAACCCUGCCGCGACUGUCGCGACCUCUAUGAUAAACAUGUUCCCAUCAAUCAGGUUCGGGCUGAUGGUAGGAAUUGGCGGCGGAAUUCCAUCAAAAGUCAAUCUGGGUGAUGUGGUGGUUAGCCAACCUGUUGCUGACUACCACGGGGUGGUACAAUGGGACAUGGGGAAGCUGGAACGCGGUGGGCAGUUCGUCCACACUGGCUCGCUGAACAGACCUCCGAACGCGCUUCUUAAUGCGUCCAAUCGGCUGAAAAGUAAUUAUGAGAUGUACGGAUCGAAGAUAAAUGUGUAUCUGGAUGAUGUGGAAAGAAGAUUCCCGCGACUGGCGCCAAAAUAUACCAGGCGUGAGUGCUUGGAAGACCCAUUGUUGGUUUCAAAGAGGGGACGUCGGACUUCGACCGAAGACCAUUUUCUGUCUAGCCCAUGGCAGGCGAUCAUCACAAUGAUUGCAUAUCUUCUUGGCUUAUGGGCUAUUAGCCCAGUAAUUGAGGAGAAUAAGCGGCUGUCAGAGAAGGCAGAGGAAGCACGGACCACAAACAGAAUGGUUAAGGACGCCCAGUCUCGAGACUCCCCCGAUAAAGCAUUUGGCGGGCACUUGUUGUGUGUCGAGAUGGAGGCAGCCGGGCUUAUGAAUGAUUUUCCAUGUAUUGUUAUCCGGGGCAUUUGUGAUUAUGCGGAGUCAGGGAAAGAAAAAACCUGGCAAGAAUAUGCUGCAGCCGUGGCCGCUGCAUACGCAAAGGAACUUUUGGGAUGUGUGCAGCCCAGUGUUGUUGAUGCCGAGGAUUCAGCGAAGGCUACAUUGGAAAAGGUCCAACAACAGAUUGAUAGCAUGCAGCAGACGACAGUCAAAACAAAAGCCACCACUGAUUCUAUCAGGUUUAACCUCCAUACCGGUGAAAUCAAGCGCUGGCUUUAUCCCCCGGAUCCAUCUUCAAACGCCAACCAUGCGAGGACGCUCCGCCAUGAGGGGACAGGCGCGUGGCUGCUCAAAAACCCAGUCUUUCAAUCGUGGUACUCGAGGUCACGUCGACAAUUAUGGCUGCACGGGGUCGCGGGAUGUGGAAAAUCGGUUCUCAGUACAAACGUGCUUGAUUAUCUUGCGAAGGGAAACGACGGUCUUGUCCUUAGCUUCUUCUUCGAUUUUAACGACGUCGCAAAACAAACAUUGGAUGGCAUGCUGCGCUCGCUUGCUUUCCAGCUUUACCACAGCGGCAUAAACUCGCUUUCCAGCUUUACCACAGCGGCAUAA